UUUUAUGGGCCCUACUCAGCUGGGAUAUCAGCAUCUGCAUUAUAGCUCUCAUCUAUUCUUAGGUGGUAUCAGAGCACGACUGAGCAGUGCCCUGUUGCUGCCUUUGAAAGCGGUACAACAUGGCUUACAGUGUGAAUCUGAAUGGACCUGGACCAUGGGGCUUCCGACUGCAAGGGGGCAAGGACUUCAACAUGCCCUUGACCAUCUCCAGAAUCACCCCUGGCAGCAAGGCAGCACAGUCACAGAUGAACCAGGGGGACCUUGUCGUGGCCAUUGAUGGAGUCAACACUGACAGCAUGACCCACCUGGAGGCCCAGAACAAGAUCAAAUCAGCCAGCCACAACCUGAGCCUCACUCUGCAGAAAUCUAAACGUCCAGUGCCAGUUUCAACCACAGCUCCCAGAAUUGACUCUCCCAGGGCUGUAAUUCCCCAUCAGAAGGUCAUAACCAACACCGCUGCCAACACGGACUUCACGGAGCGUUUCAACCCCAAUGUCCUGAAGGACUCUGCCCUGUCUACCCACAAACCCAUUGAGGUGAAGGGCCUUGGCGGCAAGGCUACCAUAAUUCACGCGCAGUAUAACACCCCGAUCAGCAUGUAUUCCCAGGAUGCUAUCAUGGAUGCAAUUGCAGGCCAGGCACAAGCCCAGGGUGGAGAAUUUGCUGGUACCCUCCCUUUAAAGGAUCCUCAUGUAGACAGUGCCUCUCCGGUGUAUCAGGCUGUGCUUAAAACUCAGAACAAGCCUGAGGAUGAGAGCGAGGACUGGAGCCGUCGCUCUGCCAACCUGCAGUCCAAGUCCUUCCGCAUCCUUGCCCAGAUGACUGGAACUGAGUACAUGCAAGAUCCAGAUGAAGAAGCCCUGAGGAGGUCAAGAGACAAGGAAAACAUUGCAGCAGCAUCAGAAAACAGGCCUACAGGUACCGCGCACGCGCCCCAGUAUGUGACCUCGAGUAUUUGGCACCCUCCUAAAUCAUCCACCAGGGAUGCCAACACUGCCAAUGCUCAGCCAGUGGCCUCCAAGGGCUCUGUGAGGCUUGGAGCAGGUACAAGCCAGGGGGAGGCCGGUUUUGGCCAGAAAGCCCCUCUUGCUUCAUCCAGUAACCAAAGUACCCCUGUUGAGCAUGCCCCGGUGGCUCCCAGUUCUGCUGCUCCUUCACCACAUGCUUCAGCACCUCAGCCUGCUACUGCUGCUCCAAACACAGCCAGCCUGAUGACAGCACCAGCCACCGCCUCAGUAGUGCAAGAGUCUUUCUCAUCCUCCUUCCAAAGAGUUCUUGCAGCUCCCAGCUCUCUCUCCCAGCCUAAGCCUUUCCAUGGGCCCACGAACAUGUCAUUAGCAGCUUCCACUAUUUCAUCUGCUAUCUCAUCUCAGUCUAGUUUCAACCGGCAUUCUUCCACCUCCAUCAGCUACCAGUCAAAGCAGAGAAACACAACCCAGUCAUAUACACCAAUGCCAGUCUCUGGAAGCUACAGUGAAAGUCCUGCUCCUUCUGCUGCUUCAAAAAUGAGAGUUGUUACUACUGCCAGCAUAAAGCCCUCUGUCUACCAGCCAGCGCCAGCACCAGUUCAUUCCUACACCCCUGCCAACACGGAGCCUGCGAGUCGCCCUCCCUGGGUAACAGACGACUCCUUUUCCCAGAAAUUUGCACCUGGAAAAUCCACCACCACUGUCACAAAGCACAUCCUACCAAGGGGUGUUCCAGUGCCAUCUCCUGCCACAAUUUCUGCUUACCCGUCUCCAGUUUCAACUUCUUCCCAGCCCCCUGCAUUAGCCCGGGGAACAGUUCAGAGGGCGGAGCGUUUUCCAGCCAGCAGCCGAACUCCUCUCUGUGGGCACUGUAACAGCAUCAUUCGAGGUCCUUUCCUGGUAGCCAUGGGUCGCUCUUGGCACCCAGAAGAAUUCAAUUGUGCUUACUGCAAGACAUCCUUGGCUGACAUGUGCUUUGUGGAGGAGCAGAACAGUGUGUACUGUGAGCGCUGCUAUGAACAGUUCUUUGCACCAACCUGUGCCAGAUGCCACACUAAGAUUAUGGGGGAAGUGAUGCAUGCCCUAAGACAGACUUGGCACACAAGUUGCUUUGUCUGUGCUGCUUGUAAGAAACCAUUUGGGAAUAGCCUGUUCCACAUGGAGGAUGGGGAGCCUUACUGUGAGAAAGAUUAUAUUGCUUUGUUCAGCACAAAAUGUCAUGGCUGUGAUUAUCCUGUUGAAGCUGGAGAUAAAUUCAUUGAAGCUCUUGGACACACUUGGCAUGACACCUGUUUCAUUUGUGCUGUCUGCCAUGUGAAUUUGGAAGGUCAGCCAUUCUACUCCAAGAAGGACAAGCCACUGUGCAAGAAGCAUGCCCAUGCCAUCAAUGUUUAAAAGAAGAGUUGGUAGUCAGUAAUGCUGGGGUAAAACAGAUGACUAACUGGGCAAUCAUAAAGUUGAUAACCGUGGCUAGCAUUUCUCUCGGUAAAAGCUAGAAGUUGGUACUUCUCAAGUUUAACUUUAUCCUCUUUCAUACAUGCAGAAUGUGCUUUUUACAAAGUUCAUACAAAAACCUAUUGAAU